AUGAGGAAUUACAUUACCAGGGAAGUACGGAAUGUUUCCGAACAAGAAGAUGCAAAAGAAUUCGGGAAAUAUUUAUUACGAAUGAAAGAGAAGAAUCAAAAUUUCUUUUUUGAGUUUGAACUCGAGGAGGAUCAAUCGAUUAAGCUGGCUUUUUGGGCCGAUGCAAGAAGUAGAGCUGCCUUUGUGUAUUUCGGAGAUGUUAUUUCAUUUGACACCACUUACAAUACAAACAAAUAUAAUUUGGCAGGUGAUGCUGAAAAAGUGAAAAUGAAGAGCAGACAUGUUGCAGGAACCAUUACCAAAAAGAAAAAGAUUGUUGUGCUAGAUAUUUGCACAGACUUACCAGCAUGGCCAGGGAGACAGGAGGGAGAAGAAGAAAGAAGAAACAAGAACUCACAAUGCUCAACUGCAUGCUACCAUCUCAGAGCUGCAGUGGCUUCUGCUGUGGCAGCCAUCCCGGCUGCAAUGGCUGCUUCAUCUACACCAAGCAAGGAUGAGAGGAUGGCCAAGACUAGCGUGGCUGUGGCCUCUACAGCCACAUUGGUGGUCGUGCAGUGCGUCGAGGCUACUGAGGCAAUAGGGGCUGAGAGAGAUCACCUAGCUUCUGUGGUUAGCUCAGCUGUCAAUGUCAGCUCUUAAGAUGAUAUCACUACACUUAUCACUGCAGCUGCAACAGGUAGCACUCCUUGAUGACACUGUCAAGAAUCAACAAGAGUAUAGUUGAAUUGUCAAUAAGCUGCUUCAUAGGACAAAAUGUGUCUUGUGUUCAUGUUGGCAUGGGUAGUGUGACACUAAGAGAUAGUAAUGAUGACCAUGAUCUUAAUUAUUAAUGUUUGUAACUCUAAGAGGAGCAGCUACCCUGAAGGCAAGAGCAUUGAAAGAGGUAUGGAACAUUGCUGCAGUGACACCAUUAGAGAAAGGCAGGGAAUGAUUGGAAUUUGUGGCAAAGGUACUACAAUUACUAAUAACAAUAAUAGCAACAAUACCAGCACAAGUGAUGGUGGGGAGAUUCUUAAUGGAGAAAAUUUUCUAGGCGUCUGCAGCCAAGAGCUACUUGCUAAAGGAAGUGAAUUACUCAAACA